CAAUAUGCAGUGCCAGCUACAUGGCGCUCAGUAAAACCCCAUUAUUUUCGAAUAGACACCAGCGCCACCGUGGCGAUAGUGAAAAAAAAUCUAGUGAGUUACCUGGAGGCACUUCCGCAUGGCUGGUAUUUGUGAUAACUAUUGGUGGACAAUAGGGCGUUUUCACUCUGGACAACUCAAGUGUUUACAUUCAACUCCAAUUCCAGACUACUGGACACAUUCGUCUGACUGCGAAAGAGCAAACCAGGGGAGCUUCAGAAAAUUUUAUCAGUAAAUUUUGUCACAGAAUUUAUCAAAUCAAAAGCCAAAAUGUGUGCCAAAAUGGCAUUUCAACACCAGGCGGGCACCGCUAUGGAGUGCCUGAGUAUACCAAUAACCCUCCGCAAAGAGACAGAAAUGUUAAAUGGCGAAGCAUUCAUGAAGUGUGGCUUCAAAAUAGGGGGAGGUAUCGACCAAGAUUUUCGAAAAAGUCCGCAAGGCUAUACAGACAACGGGAUUUACGUAACUGAAGUGCACGAGGGAUCACCAGCUGCCAAGAGUGGCUUAAGAAUUCACGACAAAAUUCUCCAGUGUAAUGGCUACGACUUCACAAUGGUCACCCAUAAAAAGGCCGUUGGUUACAUCAGAAAACAUCCCGUACUUAAUUUACUGGUAGCACGAAAGGGUGUUACCAGCACUUGAAUACGUAUCAAUAAGAGUAAUCACGUAUGGAAAAAUUCAGUAGAAAAACCUGGAACUUUCUUUUAAAAAUUCAUAUGAAUUCAUAUGAAGUUUAAUAUUUUAAAUUCAUAUGAAGUUCUGGUAGAAUUCUGUUUAUGUUCUGCAGGAGCUUUUUGAUUGAUAAUAUUCGAUUUAUUGAUGGACACUCUAGAUGUUGAGUCAUCUAAUAACUAAUUCAGUGGGGAUUAGUAUUUUCCUAAGAAUUCUUGGGCCUGAAUUUCCCAGAUUUCUUGCAGUUCAUUAUUAUGAGAGAAAAAUGGCAGAAGAAAAUGACAUAAUAAUGUCUGAAAUUGUUUGACGAAAAUGGAAAUGGUUCAGCAGAAUUUUAACAGAACUGCAAUGGAAUUGUUUUGAAUAUUUACAUUGAAUUUUUAACAUUACUAGCGCGGUCGUGGCGUUGAUGUCUGUUUUUUGCAUUUUUUUUAGUUUUACUCAAAAAUGUACUUCAUAUGCAUCGAUCGAUGUUCAAAUGAUCGAUUAUCUCCACGAAUCUGAUGUUUCGUGACCCGUGUUGCUUUCGAUAUAGAAAAAAAUGUUUCACGUUUUUCUAUUCAAUUUUUCCAAAAGCUGUGGUACAUCAUGUAUCAUUCUCACCGGGAAUCCAUUUAAUCAAUGAAUUUUAUACAUCACAUUUGUCAAGUCGCGUUACCAAUGAGUCCCCCUAGUGUUAACUCCAUUCCAUACGACAGAUUAUUGUUAAGAUAACCCGUGAUAAUGAUUUCAUUAAUUACCAAAUGAUUUUAAAUGUAAGAGAUUGAAAAUUUGUUAGUUGUAAUUGAUGAUUAAAUGAGUUUAAAAUCAUUAUUUCAACAUAUCCGGCCAAUUAUAGAUGAGAAAUAAAUAAAUUGUACUUCCAAUUAACAUCACAGUAUUUAACAAUUGCAAUAAUUAAAGGCAAUUAAAAUAAUUCCUUCCGAUGGGAGAAAAAUGGAAGAGGGGCAAAAUGGAGGGUUUCUGGGGGGAAUAUCUCGACAUUGACUGAGUGAAAUUCCGUGAUUUUUUUUUCAUUUUGAAGCUUCAAAAGAUACCUUCAAAAUGAGCCCCAAUUCUCCGGAAUUCCAUCGUUUGAUCGAGAGAUAUUCAGAAUUUUGAAAUUUCAAAGUUGCCUCUUUUUUUGUAUCUUUCUGCUUGCAAUUGUAAGAUAGGUAAAAAUAUAUUUAUUUAAUGGAAAAAUGUGCGAGUACUGUUGACUCAUCUCGUCAAUUGCCAAUUGAAAUUAAAAGUAACAAUAAGAUAACAAUAACAAUUCGGAUGUCUCGACAAUUUUACAAGAUAAUGUCGUGGAUUUAAAUCAUUCGAAAAAAUGUCAGAAAAAAUUUGGGAAUUUGAGAGAAUAUUCUAGUGGAUUUCUAUUUUGAAAUACGAUUUUCUUUGAACUCCAAAUGAAAAGGGAACAGCAAUAUAACAGGAAAAAUGUAAAUCAAGAGAAUUGUUUAUUGUGUACUUGAAAUCUUCUAUAAAAACACGUAUUAAAGCUGUUAAAUUUUUUAAUAGAAAUCCAAUAGACAUUUCUACCGAUUUUUCACGUGAUGUGUUGAUGUGCUUCGUAUCAAUGUUCAUCGCCUACAAAUGAAAGAAAAAAAAGUACGAAAAAUCGUUGAAUUUGUAGAAUUAGAAGAAAAAUGCCUGAUAAUAACUGAGAGAUUGUAUGUAUUGAUGUUUGUAAAAUUUUCUAAAACGAAUUUGUUGUCAAUUAGAUAAAAAUCUGUAAUUAAACGACCAAAGUGCGAGAAAGUGCUCAUACAUUCACACAAUUGAUAAAUUUUACUCGACAUUUAUUCACCAAUUUCCAUUUUCUACUUUACAAAUCUUGUACUCUUAUUGUAAUUAAUUUGUUUUUUCAACUAACUCUGUGAUUUGUCCAAUAAACUCGACAACUUGUGCUAG